AUGGGCGAUCGGGGAACCGGAGGAGGCAGCGGGGGCGAUGGCGGCCGGAUCCAGUAUCUGCCGCUCACUUCCAUCAACUACACGAGUUGGAGCAUUCGGGUCCAGGCGAUAAUGGAGGAUCAAGUGCUUGCCACGAAGAAGACCGGGAAGGAGGUCUGGGAAUCACUCAAGGCGAGGUUCGUGGGGGAGGAGCGAGUGAAGGAAGCAAGAUUGCAGACAUUGAAGAGCGAAUUUGACGCUCUGAGGAUGAAGGAGGAUGAGUCGAUCGAUAGCUGCGUGGGGAAACUGACAAGCAUGUCAGUCCGCUAUGCUAACCUGGGGGGAUCGCUUGAUGAUGCGGCAUUGGUGAAGAAGAUACUCGACACGGUGCCUGAGAGAUUCAUCAACGUUGUCACCAGGAUCGAACAAUUCUUUGAUCUCAAGAAGAUUGCCUUUGAUGAGGCAGUUGGGAGGUUGAAGGCCUUCGAGGAGCGCACCAAGAGGAGCUCAGGUGAACAGUCUCUGGAAAAAGAAGUGCAUCUGAAUGAGGUACACAUGGAUUCAGAAUUGAUGUUUGCUGGAGAUGGUCAGUCGUGUGGGGAUGUGUGGUACCUAGAUAAUGGUGCCAGCAAUCAUAUGACAGGUGAUUAUCAGAAGUUCAGGGACAUUGACUUCACGGUUGGUGGCAAGGUACGUUUUGGUGAUGGUUCUGCAGUAGAGAUUCAUGGUAAAGGUUCUAUUUUAUUUCAAGGCAAGUCUAGUGAUCAGUGGUUACUGUUAGAUGUCUACUUUAUCCCAAAACUUAAGAGUAAUCUUAUUAGCUUGGGUCAGUUGACUGAAAUUGGUUAUAAAGUAGAAAUGGAUGAUGACUUGAUUGAAGUAGUUGAGAAAAGUACAAUGAGAACCAUUAUGAGGGUGCAAAGGUCUAGGAAUAGACUGUACAAAAUUGAAUUGAACACCGUAGAACCAGCUUGCUUCCAAGCUAAGAGUGAUGAUCUGUCUUGGUUGUGGCAUGGUUCAGGGUUCAGAGAAGAUGUAGUGGAUGACACAUCACUACCAUUCACUGGUGGUAUUGUUGGUGGAAAUAGCCAACAUGGUGAACCAAGUGAGAGUUUAGGGGGAGCUGGUGAAACUGAUGGAGGUGCAGAAGUCACAGGUUCAGUGGAACAAUCAGUUCAACAUGGGGCAGAUGCUCAUUCUGGCACUGUUGAUGGUCAGGCAACAGAGUUAGAACCAGUUUCAGUACAAGGUGCAGAUAAUGAUCAUGGUGAUGAUCAAGGUAAUGUUGACAUGAAUCAUGACAGUAACUAUGAUGAACCACCUCUGAGAUUUAGAAACCUCAAUGAAGUGUAUGAGGACAGUGUUGAGGUGGAGAUGACCUAUGACUCAGAAGUGGAGUAUCUCCUGCUUGGCCUAUUGUUCCAAGAGCAUCUGCAUGUCUCCGCCUCUUUCUGGAAUCUUCUGCCACUUUUCGGCGACGGGAGCGGGGAGCCGGCCGGCCACCUCGCCCUUGCCCACCUGCGCGGCUGCCUGGCCAUCCACGUCGAUGGCGACGCCAUCCACCCAGUUCGCCUCGCCCGUGAUCCUGCCUCACUCCACGUCGCGCGCAUGUACCAGUACUAG